AUGGCUUGGCUGAAGGAUUUUGUUGGUAAAGUGGGAGAGGAGUAUAAGAAACAGGUUCAGUUACAGCAGCAGCAGCAGCAGCAGCAAAGGCAGAGAGAGUCGGCAAAUAAUGGACAAGGAACGAAUCAAGGAUACCAGCACAGCGAAUAUCAGAGGGGUUCGCCUUCGGGAUGGCAGCAGCAGUAUCAGACUGGGCAGCCUCAGUAUCAACAACCUCAGACUCAGUACCAGCCUCAAUCACCGCAAUAUGGACAACCUCAAACACCACAGUACCAACCUCAACAGCAACAAUAUCACCCUCCACCAUCACCAUAUCGCCCACCGAGCGAUCAACCCACUCAGGCGCCUUCACACCCCUACAACACACCACCAACAACACAGCCAGCUUCACAAACUUAUCCUCAAAGUCCAUAUCCCCCUCAAGCACAUACCCAACAGCUCGAAACACAAUGGCGCGAAGCAGAGCGUCUCGCAGCGCAGUACAAAGCAGAGUAUGAGGCUCAAAUGAAGAAAGCUACAGAAGAUCUCGCCAACAUGAGAAUUGAGCAAGAGAAACAGGCCCAGGAGCUAGAGAAGUUGAGAGCCGAGGAGGCGAGGAACUACCAACUUGCGGAGGAGGAGCUAGUGAGAGAACAGCAGAGGUUGUAUGAUGAGAUACAGAGACAGAGACAAGAGGCGGAGAGACCACCGUUGCCUCCGAGGAUUAAUACUGACGUGGAGGAUGCUGCACCGCCUUUACCGAGGAGGCCUGUUUCCACAGCUGGGAGUGUGAGUCCUGCACAACGACCGAUAUCGUAUGCAGCUCCGCCCGCUCAGAACUCAUAUCUUUCACCGGAGAGCUACACACAGGUGCCUUGUGGUCCUACGCAAGAAUAUGUACCACCGCCUCCACCCGGACCUCCUCCUCCUCAGGCUACGACCCCAGUCCAACCACAGUCUGGUCAGUAUAUAUCGCCUGCUGUCGUGACUCCUGUGCAGGCUUCGCAGCAGACACCUUACUUUCCUCCUCCACCGCCAAGCCCUCAAGCACAGCCUUCUCCUAGAGCUCAGGAGCAGACAAAUCAACGGAACUCAUAUCACGCACCAGAUCCAGCAAGUCCUCAACCACAACAGGCAAUCACUCCAUCUUAUCCACCACCACCACCACCACCUAUGCAAAGUCCACCUCAACAACAGCCUAUCGCUGAACCCAGGCAUGUCUCUGCGCCUAAGCCUCCUCGCGUCAGAACCCCUGAGCCAGCACAGCUGCAUGCCUGCGGUGCAAAAGCAGGUCUCGAAUGCUCAGGCUCACUAACAUCCUUCCCCCAGCACUGGUUCUAUCACGCUGCUGUACCGGAGUUCGUUAUUUGUGCUCGUUGCUAUGUGGAUCAUAUCUAUGAUACCAAACUCGGGGACUCAUUCCGAAAGGUCUUCUACGACGAUGGACACAAGCGCAGAUGUCGAUUUAACACCAGGCGGAUCAAAGAUACGUUACUCCCUGAAGCCAUUGAGUCUGGCAGUCUUGAUGAACUUGUCGAGUUUAUGGGGAGAAGAAUUAGUAUCAAGGACUGCAGAGAACAAAACAUCACUGAGGGAGAGUCGUGGUACAAAGCAGCUGACAUUCCAAACGGGACAGUUUGCGAAGCCUGCUUCGAGGACAGUCUCAUAACUUCGUCGUUUGCCAAAUAUUACCAGCUCUUACCCAGCCAAGGCGGUGCUUAUUGCGAUGUAAGCAUGUGGUUCCUCAAACGCAAGUUCAUCGACUAUGCGAAAGAGAACAAAUGGGCCCAAUUCUGUCAAGAGUUCAACCAGCGCGCACAAAUACCGGAAUGUCCCAAGAUCAACACUAUCAACGCCAACGAGCGUACAUGGUAUAAGCCUAAAGAUGGACCGAGUGGCCUACAAGCCUGUGCAGCGUGUUAUCACGACUACUUCUAUGCUUCCGAAGAUCAGGAUAAAUGGCAGCAGGUCACUGGAGGAAACUUCCAGACCAGGUGUGUUCUUGGGCAGUUGAACCACAUCAUUCCAAUGCAUCAGGCACUGGAUGAUGAGGAUAGAAGUCUGUUUUGGAGUGCAGCGUGGGAAAUGGACAAGUAUCCUGUUUGCAACAGGGAGGGGACGAAAGGAAGCUCGUGGUACACACCGAUCAACGAUCCUCCCAGCUGGGGAAUAUGCGCGGCGUGUUAUGAAGGCAUCAUCAAACCAAUUGGGGGGGCACGAUGGUUCAUGAAAGAUAAUACCACCAAGGCAGACGAAUUUUAUCUCUGCGGCUUCAGCUUGGGCCAUCUACGAGCGGUACAGGCCCUCGAGGCAUAUGCCAGCGCACGAAAUUGGGGAGACAGCAAGCUCUUUCUCGACUGGACUGCACAAUGGGGCCAUGUUCCACAAUGUCCAAGGAAGAACUUCUGCAAGAAUAGGCGGUGGUGGGGAUGGGGAGUCUUGGCGAUCUGUGAAGAUUGCUAUGCUUCCUUUGCAAAGGGAACAGCACUCGAGCCUCGCUUUGCACUCACUGGUGUAAGAGAGUCAGAAACAGAGCGUAUGUGCGAUAUCUACUCACCGCGCAUGAGAGGUCUAUACACCGAAGCCUGCAGAACUGGGGAUCUAGAAGGUCUCUUGGCUGUUGCAGAGCAGAGACAUGUCGUUUACACACAGACAAUCAUGCAAUGUAAGCAGAUCCUCAGUCAGCAAAGGAUAGCAGCCAUGCAGGCGCAGAUGUUGGGCAGACAGGGCACGUUUUAUAAGAACUUGGGAAGGACUCACGAUCUUACUGUGGGACAUAGCUAUACUGUUGGUAACUCGUAUGCUGGGUAUGGCCAUGCAAAUGAAUGGGUUAUGCAGGGGUAUUCGUACGAUAGGCAGUCCAGAGAGGCUGCGGCGAAGGUCAUGGGUGGAGGGCAUCUUGUGAGGAUAGAGAUGCUUGAGGCGAGGUGGAGCGAGGUUGAGUAA